AUUUACACUGACUGGGCUAACCACUACCUAGCAAAAUCUGGCCACAAGCGGUUGAUCAAGGAUUUGCAACAGGACAUUGCAGAUGGAGUUCUGCUAGCAGAAAUCAUCCAGAUCAUCGCAAAUGAAAAGGUUGAAGAUAUCAAUGGCUGUCCCCGGAGCCAGUCUCAAAUGAUUGAGAAUGUUGAUGUGUGCCUCAGCUUUCUGGCAGCCAGAGGCGUAAAUGUCCAAGGCCUUUCUGCAGAAGAAAUAAGGAAUGGAAAUCUGAAAGCCAUUUUAGGGCUGUUUUUCAGUUUGUCUCGGUACAAACAGCAGCAACACCAUCAGCAACAGUACUACCAGUCUUUGGUGGAGCUACAACAGCAAGUCCCUUCAUCUCCAGCUGAAGUCAGCCAGUCCAAAACGCACCAAGAUAUGCAGUCGAGUCUCACAGCCAGAUAUGCAACUCAGUCUAAUCACAGUGGAAUUGCAACCAGUCAAAAAAAGACUUCUAGGCUUCCAGGACCCUCAAGGGUGCCAGCUGCAGGCAGCAGUACCAAAGUCCAGGGAGCUUCUAAUUUAAAUCGGAGGAGCCAGAGCUUUAACAGCAUUGACAAAAACAAGCCUCCACAAUAUGCAAACGGAAAUGAAAAAGAUUCACCAAAAGGCCCACACCCAUCUGCAGGCAUGAAUGGAAAUGUGCAGCAUCCCACCAGCACCGGGCAGCAGCAGGUCUCUGCCAUACCCUCUCCAAGUGCCAGCAAGCCUUGGCGCAGCAAAUCCAUGAAUGUCAAACACAGUGCAACCUCUACCAUGCUGUCCGUGAAGCAGCCUAGUCCCGCAACCUCCCCUACUCCAUCUUCAGACAGGCUCAAGCCACCCCCUUCUGAAGGUGUGAAGCCCCCAUCAUCUGGACAAAAAUCUAUGCUGGAAAAAUUUAAGCUGGUUAAUGCUAGGACUGCUCUGAGACCUCCUUUGUCGCUAAGCUCAGGACCCAGUGACAGUGGGAGAGAGGAUGAUACUUUUUCAGAGUGUGGUGAAAUGGAUGUCUUAAGCGGUGGGGUGAACAGUGGCGGCUCCACAAGUAGCAGUCCUAAAAUUUCACCCAAGUUGACACCUCCAAAAGCUGGAAGCAAAAAUCUCAGCAAUAAAAAGUCUUUGCUACAGCCAAAGGACAAAGAGGAAAAGAACAGGGACAAAAACAAAGUUUGCACUGAGAAAACAGUCAAGGAAGAGAAGGACCAGGUCAGUGAAACUUCUACAAAGAAGAGCUCAAAAAUUGCAAGCUUAAUCCCGAAGGGAAGCAAGACAACAGCAGCCAAGAAGGAAAGUUUAAUACCAUCUUCUAGUGGAAUCCCGAAACCUGGAUCGAAGGUGCCAACAGCAAAGCAGAGCGCUUCAUCCACAUGCACGGGAAGUAAGGAGGCUGAAAAACUGAGGACUACAAAAGGAAACCAGUCCCAAUCAACACCAAAAUCUCAACUGAGUGAGAAGGCUUCUCCUUCCUCUGGUCUUGCUUCUUCUGAAGGGAAAGAACCAAGCGCAGCUCUCACCCCAGGGUCCUCCAUGGCUCUGUCAGCCUCGAUGGCCGCAAGCAGCAGCCAAGGCACGGGAAACGGUGUCGUCCAGCUUCCUCAGCAACAGCAAUACAGCCACCCCAACACCGCCACAGUAGCUCCUUUCAUUUACAGAACUCUCUCAGAAAAUGACAGUACCUCUUUACCACCUGCUGACUCCUGCACCAGUCCUACUAAAAUGGAUUUGUCAUUCAGUAAGACUGCCAAACAGUGCCUAGAGGAGAUAUCUGGGGAAGACCCUGAAACGAGAAGAAUGAGAACUGUAAAGAAUAUAGCAGACCUGAGGCAGAAUUUGGAAGAAACUAUGUCCAGCCUUAGAGGGACACAGAUAAGCCACAGCACAUUGGAGACAACUUUUGACAGCACUGUGACAACUGAGGUGAAUGGGAGAAGCAUACCAAGCUUGACAAGCCGGUCCACCCCGGUGACUUGGAGGUUAGGGCAGGCCAGUCCUCGGCUGCAGGCAGGAGAUGCCCCAUCCUUGGGUGCUGGUUAUCCUCGCAGCAGCACAAGUCGCUUCAUACACACAGACCCUUCCCGAUUCAUGUACACCACCCCACUUCGCCGAGCAGCUGUCUCUCGCCUUGGAAAUAUCUCACAGAUAGACAUGAGUGAGAAGGGAAGUGGUGAUUUGGACAUGUCCUCUGAAGUGGAUGUUGGGGGCUACAUGAGCGAUGGGGACAUUCUUGGGAAAAGCCUCCGAACUGAUGACAUCAACAGUGGGUACAUGACAGAUGGAGGACUCAACCUAUAUACAAGAAGUCUGAACCGAAUACCAGACCUGGCUGCCUCUCGAGACGUCAUUCAGAGAGGGGUUCAUGAUGUGACUGUGGAUGCAGACAGCUGGGAUGACAGCAGCUCAGUUAGUAGUGGCCUCAGUGACACUCUUGACAACCUCAGCACAGAUGAUUUGAACACCACCUCAUCUGUCAGCUCUUAUUCCAAUAUAACUGCCUCUUCAAGAAAGAACACACAUCUGAAGACGGACUCGGAGAAGCGCUCAGUUACAGACAGCGAAACUUGGGGCAGCACCGAAGAACUGAAGAAACCAGAGGAAGACUUUGACAGCAGUGUAGACAGCAGUGGCAAGUGGAAAGGCCUUCCAUCGGGACUGUCUGAAGAGUCAGAGAAGGGAGGGCAGAAAGCGUCUCUCUCUGUUUCACAGACCGGCUCCUGGAGGAGAGGCAUGACUGCACAAGUAGGAGCAACCCAGUCCAGGCAGAAAGCAGGAACGAGUGCGCUCAAGACCCCAGGAAAAACAGAUGAUGCAAAAGCUUCAGAAAAGGUGAAAACUCCCCUGAAAGGAGCCUCCAUUCAGCGCUCUCCAUCAGAUGCAGGAAAAAGCAGCGGCGAUGAAGGAAAAAAGCCUCCCUCUGGCAUUGGGAGAUCAACUGCUACAGGGUCUUUUGGAUUCAAGAAGUCCGGGAUGGGCUCUUCUACCAUAAUCACCACAAGUGGCGCAACUAUCACAAGCGGGUCAGCAACUCUAGGAAAAAUGCCAAAAUCUUCAGCCAUCGGUGGGAAGUCCAAUGCAGGGCGGAAGACAAGCUUAGAUGGUUCGCAGAACCAGGAUGAUGGCGUCCUGCACAUGAACUCGAAGACGACUCUGCAGUAUCGAAGUUUGCCUCGCCCAUCAAAAUCCAGUGGCAGUGGGAUCCCCGGCAGGGGCGGCCACCGCUCCAGCACCAGCAGCAUCGACUCCAACGUCAGCAGCAAGUCUGCGGGUGCUGCUGCCACCAAACUGCGAGAACCAAGCAAGAUCGGCUCCGAGCGGUCCAGCCCUGUUACCAUCAACCAAACGGACAAAGAAAAAGAGAAGGUGGCCGUGUCUGAUUCUGAGAGCGUCUCUCUGUCCAGUUCCCCCAAAUCCAGUCCAACUUCGGCAAGUGCUUCUGGAACACCAGGACUUAGGCAGCCAGGAUCCAAAUACCCAGAUAUUGCCUCACCCACAUUUCGGAGGUUGUUUGGUGCCAAGGCAAGUGGUAAAGCUGCCUCUGCACCCAGUACUGAAGGUGUGAAACCCACAUCGGCAAUGCCCAGCCCUAGUACCACAUUGGCACGGCAAGGCAGCCUGGAAUCGCCAUCCUCGGGCACAGGCAGCAUGGGCAGUGCAGGUGGGCAAAGUGGUAGCAGCAGCCCCCUCUUCAGUAAACCUUCGGACUUAAAUGCAGAUGUUGUAAGCUUAAGUCACUCCUUGGCUUCCAGUCCCGCCUCAGUGCACUCUUUCACAUCAGGUGCUCUUGUGUGGGCUGCAAACCUGAGCAGCUCUUCAGCGGGCAGUAAGGACACACCAAGUUACCAGUCCAUGACUAGCCUUCACACCAGUUCCGAGUCCAUUGACCUUCCUCUUAGCCAUCAUGGCUCUCUCUCUGGACUGACAACAAGCACUCAGGAGGUUCAGAGCCUGCUCAUGAGGACUGGAAGCGUCCGAUCUACUCUUUCGGAAAGCAUGCAGCUUGACAGAAAUACACUACCCAAAAAGGGAUUAAGAUACACUCCAUCGUCCCGGCAGAUGAGUCAGGAGGAAGGCAAGGAAUGGCUACGCUCCCAUUCAACUGGAGGCCUGCAAGACACUGGCAGUCAGUCCCCGCUUGUUUCUCCUUCAGCUAUGUCUUCAUCUGCAACUGGAAAAUAUCACUUUUCCAACCUGGUGAGUCCAACCAACCUAUCUCAGUUUAACCUUCCUGGACCCAGUAUGAUGCGUUCAAACAGCAUCCCUGCACAAGACACUUCUUUUGAUCUGUAUGAUGACUCCCAGCUGUGCGGCAGUGCGACAUCCUUAGAAGAGAGACCACGAGCAAUUAGUCAUUCAGGUUCAUUCAGGGACAGCAUGGAAGAAGUACAUGGGUCCUCAUUAUCACUGGUCUCCAGCACAUCCUCUCUCUACUCUACGGCUGAGGAAAAGGCACAUUCAGAGCAAAUUCAGAAAUUACGGAGAGAACUCGUUGCCUCACAAGAGAAAGUUGCUACCCUUACAUCUCAGCUUUCAGCAAAUGCUCAUCUAGUAGCAGCUUUUGAAAAAAGCUUGGGAAAUAUGACCGGCCGAUUGCAAAGUCUAACAAUGACAGCUGAACAAAAGGAAUCUGAGCUUAUAGAGCUAAGGGAAACCAUUGAAAUGCUGAAAGCCCAGAAUUCUGCUGCACAAGCUGCUAUUCAAGGAGCCUUGAACGGUCCUGAUCAUACCCACAAAGAUUUACGCAUAAGGCGGCAACAUUCUUCAGAAAGUGUUUCCAGCAUCAAUAGCGCUACAAGUCAUUCAAGCAUCGGCAGUGGUAAUGACGCUGACUCCAAGAAAAAGAAAAAGAAAAACUGGGUGAACUCUAGAGGAAGUGAGCUAAGAAGCUCUUUCAAACAGGCCUUUGGAAAGAAGAAGUCCACCAAGCCUCCUUCCUCACAUUCGGACAUAGAAGAGCUGACAGACUCCUCUCUUCCUUCCUCACCCAAAUUGCCCCACAGCUCAGGAGAGUGUGGGGCAACAUCAAUGAAACCAUCACAGUCAGCAUCUGCGUCAUCUCUAGUCUGGGCACCAAAGAAAAGGCAAAACGGUCCCGUGGUCUACAAGCAUAGAUCUCGGAUCUGUGAGUGCACAGAGGCAGAGGCUGAAAUUAUUCUUCAGCUAAAGAGUGAGCUGAGGGAGAAAGAGCUAAAAUUAACGGACAUUCGUCUUGAAGCCCUCAGCUCUGCACACCAUCUGGAUCAGAUUCGGGAAGCCAUGAACCGCAUGCAGAAUGAAAUUGAGAUAUUAAAAGCUGAAAAUGAUCGUUUGAAGGCAGAGACUGGAAAUACUGGGAAGCCUGCCCGGCCAUCAUCAGAGUCUUCAAGCAGCACAUCAUCAUCUUCAUCACGGCAGUCACUAGGACUUUCUCUGAAUAAUUUAAACAUCACGGAAUCUGUUACAUCAGAUAUUUUGUUGGAUGAUGUCACUGAUGGAGCACUCCACAAAGAAGGUCAUAGUGUGAAAAUUUUAGUCACUAUAAAUAAAGGCUAUAGUCGAGCCAAGGAUCAAAAACCACAUGCAUAUCUGAUUGGAUCAAUUGGAGUCAGUGGAAAAACAAAAUGGGACAUUUUAGAUGGUGUAAUUAGACGUCUCUUUAAGGAAUAUAUUUUCCGAGUGGAUCCAACUACUAGCCUGGGUUUAAGCUCUGACUGCAUUGCUAGCUAUUGUAUAGGGGAUGUAAUUAGAGCCCAUAGCCUAGAAGUGCCUGAACUGCUGCCUUGUGGAUAUCUGGUUGGAGAUAAUAACAUCAUCACUGUGAACCUGAAAGGAGUGGAAGAAAACAGUUUGGACAGUUUUGUGUUUGACACAUUGAUUCCUAAGCCAAUUACCCAGCGGUACUUUAAUUUACUGAUGGAGCAUCGCAGAAUUAUUCUGUCGGGACCCAGUGGCACAGGGAAGACCUAUUUAGCUAACAGGCUGGCUGAAUAUAUUAUAACCAAAUCUGGCAGAAAAAAAACUGAGGAUGCAAUUGCGACUUUUAACGUAGAUCACAAGUCAAGCAAGGAUCUGCGACAAUACCUAGCAAACCUAGCUGAGCAAUGCAGUGCUGACAACAAUGGUGCUGACCUCCCCGUGGUCAUCAUUCUUGAUAACCUCCACCACAUCAGUUCACUAAGUGACAUCUUCAAUGGUUUCCUCAACUGUAAAUAUAACAAAUG